CAGGCAGUACAACAGUGAGCAGGCUCGGAUGUGGUCAUCAUCUGUUAUUUUGGAUCGAUAGGCCCGAUCUGUGCAGGAGGGUGUGGUGUGUUUAGGGACCGGAGAGGAACCAGACGAGACCGGUACUUUGAUUCAGUCUGAAGCGAAGAAGACAUUGAUCCUGCUGCACCGACAACUCGACACAGAUCACGCUUCAGUGUCAUCAUGUGUUCCUCGACCACAUCUGCCGCUCUGCUGUGUCUGCUGGCGGGGGCCAUGGCAGCCGUUCAGACCCCCCACACAGUGUUCUUGGACAAGCAGCAGGCGAGCUCGGUGAUCUCCCGUCAUAAGAGGAACAUUGACGGCAGUAACCCGGCCUCGUCUUCCAGCCUUGAGCAGGUUUGCAUGGAGAGAGUGUGCAGCUACGAGGAGGCCAGAAAGGUCUUCCAGGACUCAUACCGCACGGAUAUCUUCUGGGCUGUCUACAUUGAUGGAGACCAGUGUGCAGAAAACCCCUGCAAUAAUGGAGCCAUGUGUUCGGACAGCGUUGGAGGCUACGACUGCGUCUGCAAGUCGGGUUUCACAGGGGUCCACUGUGAAAAGGACCAAACUCUGUGCAUCCUGGAAAAGAACAAAGGCUGCUCCCAGUUCUGUAAACCAGGCUAUACGUCCUACGAGUGCUCCUGCGCCCCCGGAUGGAAGCUCAGCUCAGACAGGAAUAAGUGUGAACCUGCAGUCAAAUUCCCCUGUGGUAAGGUGAACAGUCUGAAUCAGUGGGAUGGAAGAUUGUCCAGCAACAUUCGCAGCAACUUUGAAGGACUUAUCUGUACUUCUACAGAGUGUCCCUGGCAGGCUCUUCUGGUUAGCCCAGAGUCUGCAGGUUUCUGCAGCGGAGUCAUUCUGAAGGAGAACAUGGUCUUGACUUCAGCUCAGUGUGCCUCAAAAUACAUCAACUUCCAGGUGGUUGUCGGCAAGCGCAGCACCAACCAUGAAUCCGGAGAGCAGACGCUGUAUGUUAAAUUAGUUCACGUCCAUCCGCGCUAUGUGGAGGGUCGCCCUGAAAAUGACCUGGCUGUGAUUGAGUUCCGUGACCGCAUCAACUUCAAGAAGGAAGUGACAGCUGCCUGUCUGCCAGAAAAAGACUUUGCAGAGAGUGUCCUGUUGGCGGGAGAGUACCCGGCCUUGAUCACCGGCUGGAAAGUACCCACUGAGGAAUCUGCUUUCCAGGGCCCGCUCACCCUUAACCAACUGAUAUACGAGCGCCUGCCUCAGUGUCUGGAGAACUACCCCAACCUGAUGACCAACAAAAUGGGAUGCACGACUCCCCGGACCAAUGCUGACUGCACCAUGGGCUCCGGCAGUCCCCUGCUCACCAUGUACAGGGAGGUGUUCUACCUCACUGGGUUGAUCAGCCUGCCGCCAGGGCAAGACUGCAGCAAAGGCUACAUCUUCCAGAAAGUGUCGCGCCACCUAGGCUGGCUGAGGCAGCUCAUGGGUUCACGUUAGGUGGGUUCGUCAGGGAGAACAUGGAGAUUAUUGUUUAUGGAAAAUAUAUUAUAAUGAAGGUGAAUAAACAGGGAAUCAGAUGAAGAUUUUCAUUUAGUGCUUCAAGCUCAACCUCCGUCUGGUCUUUUAAUAAUAUCAAUCUUCUAAUGUAACCAUGUAGUCUCAACUAGGUUAUUGCAUCCCUUCAGUCUCUGUGGACUUCCUCAUUUAUCCACAAGGUGGCGCUCUGUUAACAUAAACAGAGAAGCGCUUUCUGUAUGUAUUAACACAGAGACAGAAGCAGCAAGAAAUGCAAUGAAUUAUUCAGCAUGUGUUUUGUGACUUGGAAAUACCUUUUAAUAAUCUUAAUGUGGUGUUAUUUUUAGCGACUGCUGUACUGGUUGACACUCACCUUGUAACACUCCAGGUAAUAACUGUUCUAUGAAUGUAAUAAACCCUAACAACACA